GAUCAUGAAUAUACUCGACUUUAUUGAAACUGAAAGAAUUUCAUUAACCGCAGAAGGUUUCUAUCCAGUUAAAAAAGUGGGUAUUUUGAACAGGAUCAACUCACUUGUAAUCAUGAUACUAAGUUUCCUAGAAUGGAUUCUUAUGCUACUAUUUUUACUCCUGGUAAAAGUAGAAAUCGUUGACAUGACAGAAACAAUGUUAUUCUUCAUCACACAAACAGCAUUCCUAUGUAAACUGGUGAAUUUCAUACUAAAGAAGGAUGUUCUUGUGGUGGUGGAAAGUCAUUUACGCAAACCGAUUUUAUGCGAUGUCACUAAUGAAGAAAGUGAUGUCAUUAAAGAAAAUCUCCUAGGAUUCCAAUUGUUUGGUCAUAUGUAUCGUGGUGCAGCUGUAUUCGCUACAAUCUUUUUCGCGUUAUUCCCUCUACUUGACCAAGGAUCCAAAGGGACCGGGCGUCUACCUUUGAAAUUGUGGAUUCCUUUCGAAAUGGACAACUCUUACUACUUAAUUUAUUUUCUUAUCAUUUUGGCUAUUGGACUAGAAGCUUUUACGAAUAUAUGUCUAGAUGUUCUCCCCAUAAAGUUUCUUAUGGUUGCUGUGGGACAAUUUGAGAAUCUGAAAACAAAGCUUAGGGAAUCAGUACCCCUUGGGGAGGAAGAGGUUGAAGAUGAGGUGGUGUUGAGAAAUUUGAAUAAAUGCGUCGUUCAUUUCUACGCUAUUAACAGUUUUGUUAACGACGUGGAAAGGACCUUCUCUAACGGCAUUUUCAUUCAAUUUUUAUGUACCGUUUUGGUUAUAUGCAUGACAGGAUUCCAACUGAUGAUCAUUCCUAUUAAAUCUUUACAAUUUCCAACCCUCCUUUUGUAUUUGGUAACCGUGAUGUGUCAAGUUAGUAUAUAUUGUUGGUACGGCGAUAAAUUGAUGGCAAGUAUUGUGAACUUACUCGAAUUUUUAGAAACUGAAAUUGUUUUCCUAACCCAAGAAGGCUUCUACCCAAAUAAAAAAGUUGGCAUUUUGAACAGGAUCAACGCAAUUUUCAUCACCACACUCAAUCUCCUAGAAUGGAUUCUGAUGCUACUAUUUUUAUUCCUUGUAAAAGCCGAACUCAUCGACAUAUCAGAAACGUUGUUAUUUUCCACCACACAAACAGCAUUCAUGUUCAAGCUGUUUAAUUUCAUUAUCAAAAAGGAUGUCCUUCUGCUGGUGGAGAAGCACCUACGAAAACCGACUUUAUGCGAUGUCACUACGGAAGAGCGACAGGUUAUUGCAGAUAACAUUAAUGGAUUCAGAUUGGUCGGAAUUAUUUUUCGUGGCGCAGCUGUAUUCGCUACAAUCUUCUACGCAUUAUUUCCUCUACUCGACAGCGGCUCAGCAGGAACCAAGCGUUUACCUUUGAGAUUGUGGAUUCCUUUCGAAAUGGAAAAGUCUUACUACUUCAUUUGGUUUCUUACCACUAUGGCUAUUGGAUCAGAAGCUUUUACGAAUUCAAACUUCGAUAUUCUCACGAUAAAGUUUGUUAUGGUGGCUGUGGGUCAGUUUGAGAAUCUAAAAAAGAAGUUUAGGGAAUCUGUACCAGCUGGAGAAAAAGAGGUUGACGAUGCGGUGGUAUUAAGAAAUUUGAAGGCUUGUGUAAUCCAUUACAAUGACAUUAACAGUUAUAUUAUGGACGUGGAAAGGACCUUCUCCAACGGCAUUUUCAUUCAAUUUUGCUGUAGCGUUUUGAUUAUAUGCAUGACGGGAUUCCAAUUGAUGGUCAUUCCCGUUACAAGUAUACAAUUUGCAACGCUCAAUGCAUAUUUCGUAACCAUAAUCUGUCAAAUUGUUAUGUAUUGUUGGUACGGCCAGAAAUUGAUGGAAAGUAGCGAUGAAAUUACUGAUGCAUGCUAUUCGGCGGAAUGGUACAAGUGCAGUGCCAGAGUACAGAAAAUGUAUUUUAUUAUUAUGGAAAGAGCUAAAUUGCCAGUUAGGCUAAGAGCAGGAAAUUUUUUUGUAUUAGACAUCCCCUUUUUUAUGGCCGUAUUGAGGUCAUCUUAUUCCUAUUUUGCAGUAUUACGACGUGUCUAUAGUGACAAACUCAGUAUGAAAUAAAAGCUCAAAACGUAUGAAUUGAUUGGCAU